ACGGAGCAUAGAAAGAGUCCAAAUUAUAAUUUCUACCUAAACAUGACCUCUAUCUCAUCUGAUAAUCGCACGGAUCAGCUAAAGGUUAGGGCUUUUUGAUGAUUGAUGGAAAAAUGAGAUCUGUGGAAUCCAUAGUGGCGGAGCUACCACCGUCUUCUUCCGCAGGAGCGGUGGUCGGAGCAGGAGGCGGCGGUAGUUGGUUGUACGGUUGGCUAGUAGAGUGUCACGGUUUAUGGCAUAAUGUAUUGAUGAUAGUGCCUUCAGCACUAUUUGUUGUAUACUUGGCUUCCCAAGCCAAGAGAAGCUUCUCGAAAGUUUCCAAUGGCAGAUCGCAUGUAGUCACUGCUCUAUAUGCCAUUCUCUGGCUCGUUAGCUUCUUCAAUUUGGCUUGGUCCUCUCUUCAGGCUUGGGAGUGUGCUCCAGCAAAACAAUUUGUGUGGAGUGUCCUCUCCUUGUUCACGACAUCUGGCAUGCUAUUUCUUGAAGUAAGCUUGAUAGCCUUUCUACUUCAAGGGAACCAUGCUAGUGGACGUGAGGCUUUAACACAGACCUUUCUUAUCUCAACACUUGCAGUUGGUUUAGACAUGUUUCUCAAGGGGAUCUACCUAUUUGGAUUUGGUAUUCAGUUGUUUGAUGUUAGCACCAAUGGCUCGCAAUGGGCCUUAUGGGUUGUCCACAAGCUGCUGCUAACCGGAGUAUAUGGCCUCAUCUUUUUUAUGUAUCGAUCUAGAUGGAGAGAAAGGUUGCCAGCAAGACCUGCAUUCCAGAAGUAUAUUUCCAUCAUGUUUUGCUUAAAUGCGACUGCUUUGCUUGCAUGUGCACUUGCAGCACAUGGGGCUGGAUUUGGAUUAUGGUUGUACAAUAUCACGGUCAUCUGUUACCAUGCCAUGUACCUUCCUCUUCUUUAUGUUACUUUUCUCGCGGACUUUUUCCAGGAGGAUGACUUGCAUCUGGAGAAUGUAUACUACUCAGAAAUGAAAGAUGCUGGCUUCUUUGAUGUCGAUUGGGAGUAAUUCAGCAAGUACUUCUGAAUAAUGAGGUGAAUUUGGUGUUGUAAAUGUGUAAAUAUGUAUUAGUAACAUUUUAGAAAAUUCAGAAAAUCAAAAAUUAAUUUUCCUUCAAGUUAAGUAACUUCGCGAGGAUUCUACCACUAUUCGCUCUAUGCUAAAUAUUCUAGAGCAAAAAGAUAUAACACAUGCAUACGUGGAAGAAGUUCCUAAAGUUAUGAUGAUUGAUGCCAACACUUUUGUAGAAUGA